AUGCGAGUGCUGCUGACGAACGACGACGGACCGCCACACGACGCGUACUCGCCCUACGUGCGGCACUUUGUGGACCACGUGGCGCGGCACACGGGCUGGGAGCUGACGAUCUGCGUGCCGGACCGGCAGCGGUCGUGGGUGGGCAAGGCGCACUUUCCGAACGCCAACCCGCGGGCGUCGUUCAUCUACACGGCGGUGGAGGCCGGGGACAACGGGUUCGACGGGCCGCACGCAGUACCGCUGCGCGGCAGCCGGCUGACGCGGCUGGCGGGAUGCGCGGCGGCGCAGCGGGAGGUGCCGGCGGGGCACGUGGAGUGGUGCUUGCUGGAGAACAGCACGCCUGCGACGUGCGCGGACAUCGGGCUGAACCACCUGGUGGACGGGGAGUUCGACCUGGUGGUGUCGGGCCCGAAUGUGGGACGCAACACGUCGUCGGCGUACAUCACGUCGAGCGGGACGGUGGGUGCAGCGAUGAACGCGGUGAUCACGAACCAGGUGCCAGCGAUUGCGCUGUCGUGGGCGUACUUUGACGGGGCGGCGGUGGUGUCGGACGCGCUGUUCCGAGACGCGAGCGAGCGGUCUGUGGAGCUGAUCCAGUGGCUGUACAGCCACUGGGACCCGCGCGUGGAGCUGUACAGCAUCAAUGUGCCGCUGAAGGAGGGCCUGCGCAGCGCGCGCACUCUGUACACGAGCAUCUUUCCGACCCAGUGGUGCUCGGUGUACUCCGGCGUGCGUGUGGUGCCCGUGGGCGGCGCAGUGGGCGCAGACGGCGAGGCACCUGCGCAGGACUCCGUCGCGCUGGAGUUCCAGUGGAGCCCGAACUUCGCUAAGGCGCGCGAGGCUGCGCUGAGCGCCUCGGGAGAGUUGUAUGACGGGAAGGUGAUCGAGGAGGGGCACAUCAGCGUGACACCGUUACUGGCCAACUUCCAGGUUGUCGAGGAGAUACUGGGUGAGCCCAUCAUGGGGGACCGCGAUCGCACCUGCGCCGCCAUCACGAUCCCGUCGACGGACUACAUAUACGGGCCAUUGACCGCGGCGCUCAAGCGCCAUCUGCCCGAGCUGGCUAUUAUGGAUGCACUGCCGGACCUUCAGAGCGGCCAGCACUCCAAAGUGUUCCACUACGGCGACUACGAACAAAUUGAUGUCGAUCAGCUUUUCAGCUCUUCACACUACUACGCGAACGCUUAUAUAUACCGCAAGGCUCUGAUUCGCAAGCACUUCCUCUCGCAUACGAUCCACUCUUACGUUGUGAAGAGGCCAGAAUCCGUUCUGAAGCGGGCGUACUUGGAGUCUUUCAACAUCGAGAUAGACUACGCUGAGUUCCUAGACGAUGCCCUAGAUGAAAACUGGGAGCUGCGUCAGGAGCUGGAGCAGGAGACGAAGUGGUGGAUCCUCAAACCCAGUAUGGCGGACAAGGGGCAGGGAAUCCGUAUUUUCAAGACCAUUGAUGAUCUUCAGGCCAUUUUUGACUCCUUCGAGGAGGAGGAAACUGAAGACGAGGAGUCUACCCGUGUUGUCAGUUCACAAUUGCGGAACUUCAUUGUACAGGAGUAUUUGCCCAAUCCACUACUUCUUCCGCGCAUGGACAAUCGCAAGUUUCACAUUCGCUGCUAUAUCGUGUGCAAUGGCGAUUUGCAGGUGUAUGUGUACUCCCGGAUGUUAGCGCUUUUCGCGCCAACCCCCUUUGUUUUACCUGCAGCCAACCACGAAGUCACGGAUAUUCAGAGUAUUUCUUGUCAUUUGACAAAUACUUGUCUCCAGACUGAUUCUGGUGUAGCAGAAAAUGCUGUAAGAGAGUUCGAUUCUUUGGAUGAUCUGACCGACGUAGACAAGGAAAAGGUAAAAUCUCAAAUAAAUGAUAUUACUAAGGAACUGUUUUUGGCAGCCGUUAACUUGAAUCGUUUGCACUUCCAGCCGUUGCCAAACGCUUUUGAGACCUUUGGCGUCGAUUUCCUGGUGGACGAAAACCUCAACGUGAAGCUGCUUGAAGUCAAUGCUUUCCCAGAUUUUAAGCAAACAGGGGAUGAUCUGAAAGGCUUGAUUGAUCACCUCUUUGACAAUAUCGUUUCACACUGCGUUAACCCAAUGUUCGGGAACCCAGUAAAUUCAGACCCAACGUUUGUUGAAGUGCUGAAGCAUUCUUCGCACGACUGGUAG